AUGAAUUUGGAACAAGAUAGGUCCACUCUCUUCUCUGAUAUCCCAUCUAUCUCUGAAAUUCUCUGCUUCCUUCCUGAGAGGUUUACAAACCAAGUUACAGACAGCACCGGUACGUCUCCUGUGUCUUGCAAACCGGGGUGUGACUGCCAGCAGGUAUAUAAGAGCAGCAGGUAUCUGCAAGGGCCCCAAAACAGCUCAGAGUUUCGAGGCAUCAACAUCACUAUCCGUCAUGUGGGCGAAGUUCUGAUGGUUGUCAUGGCCCUUGGGGUACUCUUGGGCACUACUGACGCAGAUCCAGGCUACCUUGGAGGUUAUGGCGGAGGGUUCUACAGAACCGGCUUCGGAGGAGGUUACGGAGGACGUUACGGAGGAGGCUAUGGAGCAGGCUACGGUGGCUACGGCGGAGGCUAUGGUCAUGGCAAGUAA